AUGUCGGCAAUCAUGACCUCCAACGCUUACUACGCUCCAGAUGGCCAGCCAGCUUCUCCGUCUUCGCCAACCAUGCAGUUCGCGAGUCAACAGCCUCCGCAGAACUCGCGUUCUUUCAUGAAUCUCGCUCACACAGAGUCCAGGAGUCAGGCCCCUCUUCCUGUCAAGUAUCAGCAGUAUGUUCCUUCAGAGCCCCCUCCUGGCAUGUCUUAUGCCGCCUUUCUGCGUACUUGGACAGACGAAUCGGUGGCAAAGUGGUUGAAUGAAAUCAAGUGUGGCUGCCAUGAAGAAACCUUCAAGGCGAACGAUAUCCGAGGAGACGUUCUGCUUGAACUUGAUCAAAUAACUCUCAAGGAGAUGGGCAUCUCAAGUAUCGGUGAUCGAUUGAGGAUCCUGAACGCAGUCAAGGCCUUACGGCAGAGGGUAGCCAACAAAUUCGUACCACCAACGUCAAACCACAAACCCAGUCACAGUAUUGACGCUGAUCCAAAGGGUGUUUCUGAUAAAUCUGACGGAGCAGGAAACCGUCAAGGAAAUCGGCGCCUUGAAAACGUUAGACCGAAGCCUCUACAACUCAAUGGCAACGCAGGCAGGGGUGAUCUCCCAGUUAUCAGUCGUGAACAACCUCCAGACUCUGCCAGGAGUACAGUAACACUUCCUAUUAGACCCUUACCAAACCCGACGGCCUCUACACCACCGUCUAAUAAUCAACUGAGUACCCCGAGCAGCAGCGCACACUCUUCUGGUGGUACUCCGGGCCAAAGACCCAAUCUUCCACCUCUUCCACCUCCACCGCGCGGACAACCGCCUCUUCCGCCUAGCCGCACACCUGUUCGCAGUUUGCCAUCCUGGUCAAAUUCUAAUCAGUCUGAUGCGCCUGCUUAUACCUCUCAACCAACGCCACCAACACCCCAAAGUCAAGGCCUUCUUACUCCCUCGAGCAGCAACUGGGUCAAUCAUCAUCUGCCUUCAGAUCCACGACCGGGAAAUCCAGGGAGCAAAGUGACCUUGACGCGUUCAAUUUCACCUGUUCCUCCUGGCCGUCCUCGUCCCAACCCUUCCAGCCUCUCCCAUGCACGCAACAGCUCCACCGGUAUCAACGGCGGAAUCAGUGUCACCCCAAACAAACGAGUGAAUGUCGCUAACUCGCAUCCGUACGCGAACGCUCAAACUUCCGCCGUAUUGCAUCCCCCCUCCAAUCUCGCAACUACCCUUUCUCCGAUUGACGAAUCAUUCUCACAUCAUAAUUCGCCAGGGACACCAUCACCUCCGACGCAUGCUUACACAGUCGGGAGAGGGCCUUUCAACCCUCCAACCUCCUCAAGCAGCAAUCAAUAUACCCUUGAUGAUCUGCGUAGAAAAACUGUUAAAUUUGUAUUACCCGACGAAGGGCUUUCCUUCACUAUCGAUGUUGCGUCUUGCACUGGAGGUGUGGAGGUUCUUGAAAAGGUUUUGAAAAAGUUCGGCAAAGGCAGUCUAAGGAGCGAUGGAAACAUGGACGUUUCACAAACCGACGAGGGUGGACUGAUGGUAGAUGGUUGGGGUGUUUUCAUGGACCUUGGACAGGAAGUGGGUCAUGCUCAACCGCUAACUGAAGGAGAAUUGCUGUCCAUCUGUCACGCACCUGACCAUCCAACACGCGAAAACGGCCUAGUUUUGCGAAGAAUACGGCGAGAUGAACGCAGUAACAGUCCAUCGUCUGCGAUCAGCAGCACAAGAAGUACUAAGCGUGCCAGUUCUAUCAGCGUACUUAGUGGUCUCGGUGUAACAGACCCAGAGAAAGCGCUGGCAGUGGAACCACCAUCACCGUCCUCUGGAAAAUUCAGUCCAUCCGCAAAUGCCAAACGCCCAUCCAAGCUGCGCAACUUCUUUGGACAACGUCCUCCCAGUGAACUUAUCACAACCCAUUUGACCGAGUAUUUCCCAAAUACCGAAAAGAGGGUGUUACGUCGCAGUUUGAUGAGAAGGAGAGAAAGUGUGGCCUCUUACAACCAAUCCCUGUCACGCUUUAGCGGCAGCACUCAGGGUUCAGGUCGCAAAUCUUUCUCGCCACGUUCAUCUAUAUCAACACUUCCUCCCCCUGUCCCAGACAAAAAUGGCGCCUACGAUCGUUCUGAAGACCUACCGAGAGUAUCCCUUUCAACUGACGAUGGCCGUUCUGUGGACCUACAGAUGGAUAGCAUUGACCGGACACCACAGCACCUCCCACCAAUCCCUUUCCCGACCGAAUCUCUGUCCGAGUCUCUGGACAAUGUCACCAAUCGCAGAGCACCAUCUAGAACACUCUCAACUGCGUCGAAACGCAUGAGCUACAUGACAGAACUGCGCAGUAAACGUGAUCAGUCCGACACUGCCAGUCUCAUGACGGUUGACGAAAUUACGGCCGAAGUUGAGAAUCGCAGAGUCAGCAAAGCGUUUGAGCGUGAAGAAGAGCUUGAAGGUUGGACCAAGGUUGACUCGGAGCUCGAUAAUAUGGUGCCCAAGCCUGUUGUUGAUGACGAUGUUGACGUCGAGGACGAUGAAGUUGACGAUGACGAAGAUGACGAUGACGAGGAUGAAUUGUCAGACGGUGUUGAUGACGGGACCCUGAACGAUGACGAGGAACUCAGUCUUGAUGUUGACGAUGACGGGGUAAUGAGGAACGUGAUUCACGCGAAGAAAGCCAACAAAUGGAUUAAGGGAGCUCUUAUUGGUGCCGGUUCCUUUGGAAAAGUUUACCUCGGCAUGGAUGCUUCGAACGGUCUUCUCAUGGCCGUGAAACAAGUAGAACUUCCAACAGGAUCAGGGCCCAAUCAAGAACGCAAAAAGAGCAUGCUUAGUGCUCUUGAGCGUGAGAUUGAAUUGUUGAAGAAUCUCCAACACGAAAAUAUCGUGCAAUACCUCUAUUCAUCCAUUGAUUCUGAAUACCUUAAUAUUUUCCUUGAAUACGUCCCUGGAGGAUCGGUCACCGCCCUUUUACGCAAUUACGGUGCUUUUGAAGAACCUCUGGUCAAGAACUUUGUCCGCCAAAUUUUACAAGGCCUCAAUUAUUUGCAUGAGCGCGAUAUCAUCCAUCGUGAUAUUAAAGGCGCCAAUAUCCUUGUUGACAACAAGGGUGGCAUCAAAAUAUCCGAUUUCGGUAUCUCUAAGAAAGUGGAUGACAAUCUUCUUACUGGGAAUCGGAUUAAUCGACCCUCCCUUCAAGGCUCAGUGUUCUGGAUGGCACCAGAAGUCGUGAAGCAAACGGGACAUACACGAAAAGCUGAUAUCUGGAGCGUUGGUUGUUUAGUCGUCGAAAUGUUGACCGGCGAGCAUCCAUGGGCCCAACUUACCCAGAUGCAAGCUAUUUUCAAGAUCGGUUCGUUAGCUCGACCAACUAUUCCCUCAGACAUAUCUGCUGAAGCACAGGACUUCUUACGCCAAACGUUUGAACUCAAUCACGAAGCAAGGCCGUCAGCACAGGAACUAUUGUCGCAUCCUUGGAUUGUUCCUUCUUCUAAUACGAAGAAAUGA